CAUUGACUGUCCUAGCCGAAAACAUGCCUCAUAAGCACAAGCGGAAACAUGACGAAACCGAGGAUUCAAAUUUCGACCUCCCGCCCACAUCCCGCGCACGCACGCUCACCGUCCACCAGAAGUCGGAAGGCAUAUUUGACACCUCCAAAAGCAAGAAGAUACACCGCGAACAUAAAAAAGCCAACAAGAAGAAACCCAACUCCUUCGAAGAUGACACCCCGAAGUCCUUCGCCCGUCUGAUGGCUUUUCAACAGGCGGGAAGACGCUUACCAUCCGGCCUCGACAACGGAACCACUUCCAGCAAGAAAUCCAAAUCUAAGUCUAAGACGAACGCUGUUUCCGACUCCAAACCAACCGCCGAGUCCACCACAACCACAACCACAAGCGAACCCAAGAAACCACUCCAGAUCCUUCCUGGCGAACGCCUCUCCGAAUUCGCAGCGCGAGUUGACCAGUCUCUCCCUUUAACCUCUGUGCCCCGCCACCAAACCCGAAUGAACAAGAUCCCAGGCCUCGAAAAGGUCAAGACUCCACUGACAAAGCACAACAAGCGCCUCGCCCGGUUACAAAGCGAGUGGCGCAACACGGAAGCCAAGCGGCGCGCAGCCAGAGAAGAACAGGACGACGAACUGGCAGACCAGCGCGAGGAAGACGGACUGCUCUGGCUCGGAGCGGGAAUCGACCGAGAUAAACCGGUCGGCACGAAGAAGAAGAGGCCAAAGCGUUCUGGUAACGACGAUGACGCCGACCCAUGGAAGCAACUCGAGAAGAAACGACGCGAGGAAGGCGAGCUCCGGCAGAAGAAUUUGCAGGACGUAGUCCUUGCCCCGCCGGUACUGAAGAGCGUCAAGAAUAUCUUCAAGGUUAAGAGUGAUGGAAAUGGGGAUGGGAUGCCGAGGGCGAUAAUGACUUGA